AUGCCACCAGCCACAAGUUUGAUCACAACUAAGCCCGGGGAAGCUGUCCUACCAGCUGAGAAACACUCAAUCACUUUUCAUCUCCCGGAAUGGAGCCAUCUCUUACGCUUAGCAGAAAAGGACCCUUUUUUGUUCAGUGAACUCAAAAGCGUUUACCCACGGGUCAUCAUACAUCCUGAUGUGAAGCUGGUACGAUCUAGUUCCCCUUGUUUGCCAAUCCAAUCUGACAUGGUCAACUAGCUAUUCAAAGCAAUUCUUGAAUUUGCAAAAGUACCAGAGGGCUCAGGUUCAUUGGUUUUCACGUCUCCCAGGUCAAUAAAUAUGUGUAUAGAUUUUGCUACACGCUCUCCUCCUGUUGCUCUAAAUGAGGCCCCGGCGGAAUCCAUUAGCAGUGCAGAAAUUGAUCAUCGAGUCUUUGAGAUUCAAGACACCAAGACAAAAUUGCAUGCCAUCAUUUUCCCCUCUUCAAAGACGAGUCUCCUAUUGCCUUUCUGGCAAAACACGGGAACAGGAAUAAGCACACGCCUUGCAGCCCAGUCUCUGAGUCAUAUCGAUUCUAUUUCAGAGCUCGCACCUCAAAAUUACCCUCCUAAAUCUUUUGCAUCCGGCGCACACAUCGAAAUCAAAGACCGUAUUGCGAGCUUGCUCGAAAGAGAGACACCGGACCGCCGCGGAAUCCCAAAGUCUCAAGAGAGGAUGUGUACCUUUUUCAAACAGGAAUGACUUCUGUUUUUCAAGUACACAGAUAUUUGAAUUGGCCAAACCAUAGCAGUCAAAAGACUGUGCUCUUCGGCUCUGCUUUCCAGGCCACUAUCCAUAUAUUCGAGGAUUUUGGACCAGGGUAUAAACUUCUCGGACGCGGUACGGAUGAUGAGCUGGAAGCGGUCGAGGAAUUUUUGAAAUACGAAAAGGAAGAGGGAAGACAUGUUCAAGCUAUCUGGUGCGAAUUUCCCACCAAUCCAAACCUCACAGUCCCCAAUCUCUUCAAGUUAAGGCAGCUAGCGGAUGUAUACGGCUGUCUUUUGAUCGUCGAUGACACCAUUGGUUCCUUUUGCAAUGUCGAUCUUUUUGGUCCUUCAGGGGUCGAUAUCCUCGUGACAAGCUUAACCAAAAGCUUCAGUCGAAUCGCCAAUGUGAUGGGUGGCUCAGCAGUCUUGAACCCGCUUCGUCCACGAUAUGAAACCUUGAAAGAGUUAUUCAAUCGCCUGUACGAGAAUGAUGUCUGCUCCCUCGAUUCAGAAGCACUAGCCAAAAAUAGCAGAACCUACCUCUCCACUUCUCAAACCUGCCAAAUCAUAACCGAGAAUCUCAUCUCCUUCCUUGUCGGCAAGGCCAAUUCUCCCACAAGCGCAAUAAAAUCUGUCUUCUAUCCUACAACAAACCCCGAACCACUAGCAAAUUUCGACCCAUGGAAACGCCCCGAUACCCCUGAGUUCAAGACCGGUUAUGGGUGUCUUUUCAGUCUUGAGUUCGAGAGCAUAGAGAAGAUGAGGGUGUUCUACGAGACUGUGCAAGUUCAUAUUGGACCUCAUUUCGGGGCAAUGAGAACUCUGAUGUUUGCGUAUGUCAAGCGGCUAUAUAGCAGUCGGCUGGAUUGGAUCGGGGACUUUUGGCUCAAAGAGACGAUGUUGAGGAUCGCGCCUGGGUUAGAGGAGAACUUGAUGGAGGUGUUCAGAGAAGCUGUGGAUAUUAUGGACGGAAUUGCGGGAGCUGCCUGA